GCCAAGAUGGCAGCCAAGAGCUUUGCUUCCCGCCUCAGGGGCUCACGACGUGCUCUGAGCGAAUCUGCAGAAACGGCUGUCUUGGAACACUUUGGAUUCCCGUUAAGUGGGACACAGACUCGAUGCUACACCAACCACGCCUUGUCCUAUGACCAGGCAAAGCGGGUACCUAAGUGGGUUCUUGAACAUAUAUCGAAAAGCAAGAUCAUAGGUGAUGCAGACAGAAAACACUGUAAGUUCAAGCCUGAUCCCAGCAUCCCUCCAGCCUUCAGUGCCUUCAAUGAGGACUACAUCGGCAGCGGGUGGUCACGAGGGCACAUGGCCCCGGCCGGAAAUAACAAAUUUUCAAGUAAAGCCAUGGCCGAAACGUUUUAUCUUUCUAAUAUUGUGCCUCAGAAUUUUGACAAUAAUUCCGGAUACUGGAACAGAAUGGAAAUGUACUGCCGAGAGCUGACAGAGAGGUUUGAAGAUGUUUGGGUAGUGUCUGGGCCCCUGACCUUACCGGAGACUAAAAGCGACGGAAAGAAAACAGUUAGUUACCAGGUGAUCGGCGAGGACAACGUGGCAGUCCCCUCACACCUCUACAAGGUGAUCCUGGCUCGCAGAAGCCCGGACUCGACCGAACCCCUGGCACUGGGGGCCUUUGUGGUGCCCAAUGAAGCCAUUGGCUUCCAACCCCAGUUAACCGAAUUCCAAGUGAGCCUCCAGGAGCUGGAGAAGCUGUCGGGCUUGGUGUUUUUUCCUCAUUUGGAUCGAAACAGCAAUAUCACGAAUAUCUGCUCUGUGGACACGUGCAGGCUCCUGGAUUUUCAGGAGUUCACUCUGUACCUGAGCACAAGGAAGAUUGAGGGAGCCCGAUCAGUGGGCCGGCUGGAGAAGGUCAUGGAACACCUGAAGAAUGUGGGGAUCAAACCAGACGACUACUUCCUGAGUCGCUAUGAGAGGAAACUGCAAGAACUCAAAACCCAGGAGCAGUCAGGGAGCCCGGGGGGGAAACUGAAAACCCAGGAGCAGCCAGGGACCCCGGGGGGGAAACUGAAAACCCAGGAGCAGCCAGGGAACCCGGGGAGGAAGCCCUCCUAGCUUUGCUCUGAGAAGAUCCCAUGUCUCAUGAAGCAGGUGUGCUCUGGGAAUGUGUCAGGUUAGUAUGUUUUAGUGGCUGUGCUCAAAGGAAUAAUGGAAUCCUAAAUUUCAGACUGAAAAUCCUCUCAAGAGAAGAAAGACCUACACAGUUUUCGGUCUAUGUUUUAUUUGACUUGGGAUGUAAAUUAAGGAAGCCGUUACACCUACAGGGCAGUGGCCGAUCCUGCGCCAAGUCGACAAGACUGCACCUUCAAGAUGGCGCCGGAUGUGUGCGGUGUGGGAAGGACUGGUUUUUCGUGCCUCCAAAUCACGCAUUGACUUCGAUGGACCUGCUCAGCCUUCUUGGAACUCCGUACUGUGCGUUUUUUCCCUUAGGACUGGAAUUGGUCUUGGAGAUGGUUUUUAGAACUCCUCUGAUGUACUAUCCUGUCCUCACGUACUGUAUGAACAUCUGGUCCUCUCGUGAGCUCGCUGUCUCUCCACUUCUGCCCUCGGGUAUUCUGUAUACAAGCUCAGGGCUGUACGUGUAUUGUCGCAGCGGUCCUCCGAGGGACACACACUGUGUCCAUUCCACCUGUGAGGAAACUGAGCUCAGAGUGCUGCCCGAGGUUCACCUUCCCAAGGAAGACUUCUCCAGGGUGUGAGGCACUCAGGGCUAAGAGGACAGCCAGCUGCAGUAGAGCCAGGUCUUCCCUGACACAGAGCGGACGCAGACCUAUUUCCACGGGUAUCUGUGGUCCGAGGCUGUCUGGCUCCUCAUCUGCCCCACAAGGGUCUUUACUGUCCUCCAAGUCAGACUCACCUUAGCUCCUUGGAAGGAAAGUCCGAGCAGGUAUUUAAAGUUCAGAGGACAGUGCUUGUGGGCUUCCCGGAGCCCCUGCUGGCCUCCAAGGACACGCUCUUCUAGUGACCAGGUGUCUGGUGAUGUGUCCCUUACUUUCCAGGUGAGCUUUUGGUUCUAGAGAUGACCUCAAGGAGGGCCUGUGCACUUAGCUCCCCUCUGGGUGGCAUAGGGCAGAGGGUCCUUCGGGGCAGCGGUCCUAAGACACUCUCCUCUCCGGAGGGGACGGCUGUCUUCUGAGCCAGCUCUCCAGGUUCGGUUUACACAGAGCCCUUUCACGGCUGGUGUAACUAGAGGCAGGGAGGUAUCCUGGGGGCAUAAGGCCUCGUCUGGCAGUCUGUCUCCCACUGCUGUCCGUCCAGGUGCUAUUACGAGUGCAGUUUUUGCGUAGCUUUUGUGUUUGUCUCAAAUAAGAAAUGCCAAGGCUUCAAGGUAAGAUGGUAAUGAUUGACCUUUUUCUGCUCCUUUAUUUGGAUUGACAAAAUAACUGCAGGUUGGAGGAGAGGGCUCGGAA